AUGGUUAAAGAAUUAGUGAAUCGUUGGUCAGCGUGUCAAAUUGUGCACGGGCGACCACGACACUCGCAAUCACAAGGAUCCGUUGAAAGAGCAAAUCAGGAUCUUGAGAGAAUCCUUUGCACUCAACUACGUGAAGAAAAAUCUACAAGAAUCGGCGAUUUCAUCGAGGGAUCGGACGUUUGCCAUUUGAAGCAAUGUUUGGUCGGAAGA